AGCUGUUCUGAGCUAUGUCAGAAGAUGACAGAUACAGUUGUAGUGGAGGGACAAGUUAAAUUCAGAGAUGGCAAAAAGUGGAAGAGUCGUUGGGUCACGUUGCGGAAGCCGUCCCCGGUCGCAGACUGCCUCUCUCUCCUGGUCUACCGGGAUAAGUCCGAUAAGGUCAGGGGUCGUCGUGAGCGGCUGCAGAUGACCUUGGAGGGGAUCUGUGGAGUGGAGCCGGGGUUAGGCUACGACGGGGUGACCUACACCCUCACCAUCCUCUGUCUGGGACACACAGUGGGACUGGGCUUCGACAGCAGAGAGGGGCUGACGGCAUGGGACGCUAGGCUGAGAUACAGCCUGGGAGAAGUCCACAGGUUCAGUGUAGGAGUUCAGCCAGGAACUAAGCUAGAGAGUGGUCCUGCCACCCUGCACCUGUGCAACAACCUAUUGGUCCUCACUAGGGACCUCCCACCGGCCGUGAUUGGCCAGUGGAAGCUGUCAGACCUGCGUCGCUAUGGCGACGUGCCCAAUGGCUUUGUGUUUGAGGGCGGCACUAGAUGUGGAUACUGGGCUGGUGUAUUCUUCCUGUCCUGUUCAGAAGGAGAGCAGAUCAGUUUCCUGUUUGACUGUAUAGUCAGAGGCAUCUCUCCUAGUAGAACACCCAGUGGCCUCAGACCUAACCUACCAGAUCCCAGUGCUAGCCGGUCCUCCUCAGAGGAGAGGAUCAACCAUGAAACAUCGGAUCUAGAGAGAAGACUCAGUAUGCUGUCUCACAGCAGUAGACAGAGCAGUACAGCCUCCACCUCCAGUUACAGCACCUCUGUUGCCGGGGACGACCGCAGCAGUAUCUCUUCCUCCUCCUCCAGCCAAUCAGACGCCAGCUACGGAAGCCACUUCCCUUUAUGGCCAGAGCCAAAACGCCCCACUUCCUCAACCGAGACCCUGUCGGCCCCUCCCACUGCGAGGCCCUCGACCAAUCUGGACGAGGAUCUCUAUAAUGCUGUCAUGAACCGCCCCCCUUUCAAACCGCCUUCCCACUCUCGCAGUCUCCACGACAGCGGGCGCCAAAGCUCAUUGGACAGCGGGAUAGGCAUCGCCACGGCCAGCAGCCAAUCGUCUUACUCUGGGAGCUUCUCUUCCUGUACGGGCAGCCUGGACACAGCCAGUCAAGGAGGAGGGGAGGAGUUUGGGUCUGUCCUUAGUCUACCUCCCCCUCUUCUCUCUCUACCUCCUCCCUCUCUUCCUCCCCCUCCUCCCUCUCUACCUCCUCCACCUCCUCCUCUGUCCUUAAGGACGCCUGAGCCCGGCCCUCUCUUCCCCCCUACUCCCUGCUCCUGCCCCCCGUCUUGCUCCUCCUCCUCCUCCAGGACUAGUGGUUAUAGCUCUGGCGCCCCUCGGUGGCAGAGUGAGGAGUACCAGGCACCCAGCCUUCUCAGACUACAGUACGACAGCCCCAGGAACCUCCUGCACACCCUGGCCUUCAGGGAUCCUCCACCCCAGAGAGGAGCACCCGAACUGGGCAGGGACAGGUGGCUCGGUGGGGAUGGAGGUCAAGGACAGAUCCAGGGGAAUGGAUAUCCUUACCUUCCCUCCAGCCCCACUGAGGCCUCUCUCCAGCGGGUAGGCACCCCUAGGCAGGCCCCUGUAGAACGGCCCCUAUCCUGGAGCAGUGAGAGAGCGCCCCCUGUGGACAGUGGUGAUCGGUGCAGCAUCAUGUCUGCUAGGCUCACACCCAGACCUCUGCUGUUACCUGGCUGUCCAGUGUGUGGAGGAACACAGACAAACAGCCCUUCACAUUCAAGACUCUCCCUAACACCAGAUCCACCACUCCAGUGUAGAGAGGUAGGGAGGGGUGAGGUGGGCCUCUCUCACCCUCUACAACCACCCUAUUCCCCCCCACCUCCCCCCGGCACCAUGACGCCAAGCAGACAGACCUCAGUCUCUGGUGGGAGAUUCUUUAAGUUUCCUCCGGAUUCUUCCACCAUGAUGACGUCAUCAGUCCUGGACAGGCGUCACCAUCACCAGACCGACCCCAGUGUGAACUACGUCAACAUCCCCGUUAGCCCUGCGGCUAAAGCUAACAGAGCUGGCAGAGAGCUGCUCUACAUGGAGCUGGAUCUCCAGCCCGAGCCCUACGGUGGGCCAGUUUCCACCAACACCACUGCAGCGAGGGGUAACCCUUUGCAGCUGUGCAGACCCAUAGGGGGCUCCACCACAUACGCCCACAUAGACAUCACAGCUUCAGAGACAGCUCAGAGAGUAGGAGCAGAACACGCCCAGAGGAGAGAGGACAGGCUGAUGGAGCUGGAGGAGAACACGCCCAGGGGAGAGAGGAUAGGCUGAUGGAGCUGGAGCAGAACACGCCCAGGGGAGAGAGGAUAGGCUGAUGGAGCUGGAGCAGAACACACCCAGGGGAGAGAGGAUAGGCUGAUGGAGCUGGAGGAGAACACGCCCAGGGGAGAGAGGACAGGCUGGAGGAGAACUCGCCCAGGGGAGACAGGAUGUAAAGGAGAGGCACCCUGCAGUGUCUCUCGCUCUCUCUCGCUCACACAUCUACCUGAAAUUAUUUGAGUGUUUUCUUGUAAAUAGUAACUGCUUUGUUUGCCAAGAGAUUAUUUAUUAACUUGUAUUAUAUUUAGCCACCCUUUGCCUUGAUGACAGCUUUGCAAACUCUUGGCAUUCUCUCAACCAGAUUCACCUGGAAUGCUUUUCCAACAGUCGUGAAGGAGUUCCCACAUAUGCUGAGC